CUGACCCGUUGUGACCUUGUUUCCACAGUCACCUGGUCACCAUAGUUACUGCUAAACAGAAAAUUAAUGGCGAAACGCAACAAAGCAAAAGUGGCCUUUGGGAGCUGCCAAGAGCGGAAGAUGUUUCCAACUCAUGGUGCACCAAAUCGUAUGGGAAAUGAGCAGCUCACAUUGGACAGUUCACCCACACCUGGCCCUGGCUGCUAUGACAACCAUGUGGUGGGUACAAUUGUUUAUAAUCUCAAAAGAAGACCGGAGAGUAUGAAAGGCUAUGCUUUAGCAGCUCGCACUGCUCCUCGUUUCCUCCCCUCUUUCCAGACAGUCACUCCUUCACCUCAGAAAUACCAGCCAGAUUGGAGUGUGUCACAAAUGUGUUCUCCUGGAAAAUCAUCAUCCAACUCCACCGAACCGAGGUUUAUGUCCCAGUCUGCUUCAGUAAGCUCCAACCCUGGACCUGGUACGUACAAGCUUGAUGGCCCAAGAAAUCAGAAGGUAUCAUGGCCGAUGAAGUUUGGCUCACCAGACUGGUCCAGAGUGCCCAUGCUGCAGAGAAAGGCACUUCACACAGAGCUCCCCUGUGACAAGGAGUUUCGGAAACAUCGCAGCAGACUAGCAUAUCUACAGUUGUACUAUUCCUGAGUUUGCUUGAGCAGUUUAUUGUCUAAAUCCAAUUUAGGAUCUGAGCACAUCAUAAAAUAUUCAAAUCAG